GUUUUUCCCCAGCAAGUACAAUAGAGAGAUAAAGAGUUUGAAGAUGGAGGUGGAGAAACUCUUGAUGGAGAUGAUAAAGGGUAGGGAAGAUUGUGUGGAGAAAGGGAGAAGCAAUUCAUAUGGGAAUGAUUUAUUGUGUAUACUCUUGGAUGAGAUGAAGAAAGAAAGUGGUAGCUUGAAUCUUCAACUAGUUAUGGAUGAAUGCAAAACAUUUUUCUUUGCUGGUCAUGAAACCACUGCUCUCUUACUCACUUGGACAGUCAUGUUGCUAGCAACAAAUCCUCAUUGGCAAGACAAAGUCAGAGCUGAAGUCAAACACAUUUUCAAAGGGGAAACUCCAUCACUUGAUAAACUCUCCAAGCUCACUCUGUUACAGAUGGUGAUAAACGAGGCAAUGAGAUUGUAUCCUCCUGCAACUGUGCUUCCGAGAAUGGUUUUCGAAGAUAUUGAGUUGGGAGAUCUCCACAUUCCUAAGGGCUUAUCAAUUUGGAUUCCAGUGUUGGCCAUUCACCAUAGUGAAGAACUGUGGGGUGAAGAUGCAAACGAGUUCAACCCUGAGAGGUUUGCUUCAAAAUCAUUCGUAUCUGGUCGCUUCAUACCCUUUGGUUCUGGCCCUAGAAACUGUGUUGGACAAUCAUUUGCCAUGAUGGAGGCCAAGAUCAUACUAGCCAUGUUCAUAUCUCAGUUUAGCUUCACCAUUUCUCAGAGUUAUAAGCAUGCACCAGUGCUUCUCCUCACAAUUAAACCUAAAUAUGGUGUUCAAGUUUGUUUGAAGCAUUUAGAUCCAUAA